GUUCUCCGCGCACCUGGGCCCGAGACCCCCCGCGGCCGCCCCACGGCCACUGCCCACAGCGCGUGGGGUGGGCGGCGCCCCAGGCCUCGGCGGCCCAGGGCUCGCCGGCCUCGAGGAGGUGGGGCGCACUCCCGCCCCGGCCCGACCGGGAGGCAGCCGGACGCGGCUCUGCUCUCCCCAGUAAGGCAGCCUCAGGGCCGGGGCGCCCCGCCGCGCGCCGCCGGUGCGCCGGGAACGGGCGGGUAGGUGCGGGCUGUUUCCUGGACGCCGCACCGGGCGGAUGGCGAGGGACCUGCGAUUCCCGAACUACGAAGCGGGGCGGCGGCGAUGGAGUCAAGCAGCCGUGUGCGGGGCGCCCCGCCCAGCUCCCAGGACCCCUGGGCGCGCGGACCCCGGGCAGGCUGCGGGCAGCCGGGACUGAGGUCGGGGUGCGGGGCGGCGCCUCGUGGUCCGGAGCCAGACCCACGCCGGGACCCUCCAGUCGCGCGCAGUGACCGCGGCCCCCACGCGUGGCUCGAGCACGUUCUCAGCCCCGGGAGGACGAGGGAACCUUGACCCGCGCGGCGCGGGCUGAGCCCAGCCUCCGCGCCCCCUGUCGGCUCCGGGCGGGUCCCGCUCCCUCCGCCCUCCCGCCCUCGCCUUCCCUCCGGCUGCCUCCCUCUCCCCCUCCCUCUAGUCCCCGCCGGCUGGAGACGGGCAGGGCCGGGCGGGGACGCGCCGCGGAUCCACAGCCCCGCGCGAGGAGCGGCCGAGCCAGGCCGGGCGGACAGGGCGGCGCGGGGGGCAUGAAGUUGGGCGCUCGCGGGCCUCGGAGCGGGGGCGCGGCGGAGACAGCGGCCGCCCGCGUCUAGAGCUCGCUCGUUGCGCCAUGGAGCUCGGGGGUCCGGGGGCGCUGCCGCCUCCGCCGCUGGCGCUGCUGCUGCUGCUGGGGGUCGGCCUCCUGCCUGCGAGCAGCCACGUGGAGACCCGGGCCCACGCAGAGGAACGGCUGCUGAGGAAACUCUUCUCUGGCUACAACAAGUGGUCCCGGCCUGUGGCCAACAUCUCGGAUGUGGUCCUUGUCCACUUCGGCCUGUCGAUCGCACAGCUCAUUGACGUGGACGAGAAGAACCAGAUGAUGACAACAAACGUGUGGGUGAAGCAGGAGUGGCAUGACUAUAAGCUGCGCUGGGACCCUGGCGACUAUGAGAAUGUGACCUCCAUCAGAAUCCCCUCUGAGCUCAUCUGGCGGCCAGACAUCGUCCUGUACAACAACGCGGACGGGGACUUUGCGGUCACCCACCUGACCAAGGCCCACCUGUUCCACGACGGGCGGGUGCAGUGGACGCCCCCCGCCAUCUACAAGAGCUCCUGCAGCAUCGAUGUCACUUUCUUCCCCUUCGACCAGCAGAACUGCACCAUGAAGUUUGGGUCCUGGACGUACGACAAGGCCAAGAUCGACCUGGUGAACAUGCACAGCCGCGUGGACCAGCUGGACUUCUGGGAGAGUGGCGAGUGGGUGAUCGUGGACGCCGUGGGCACCUACAACACCAGGAAGUACGAGUGCUGCGCCGAGGUCUACCCGGACAUCACGUACGCCUUCAUCAUCCGGCGCCUGCCGCUCUUCUACACGGUCAACCUCAUCAUCCCCUGCCUGCUCAUCUCCUGCCUCACGGUCCUCGUCUUCUACCUGCCGUCCCAGUGCGGCGAGAAGGUGACGCUGUGCAUCUCGGUGCUGCUGGCGCUCACCGUCUUCCUGCUGCUCAUCACCGAGAUCAUCCCGUCCACCUCGCUGGUCAUCCCGCUCAUCGGCGAGUACCUGCUCUUCACCAUGAUCUUCGUCACGCUGUCCAUCGUCAUCACCGUCUUCGUGCUCAACGUGCACCAUCGCUCCCCGCGCACACACAGCAUGCCCGCCUGGGUGCGCCGCGUCUUCCUGGACGCCGUGCCGCGCCUGCUGCUCAUGAAGCGGCCGUCGGUGGUGAAGGACAGCUGCCGGCGGCUCAUCGAGUCCAUGCACAUGGCGGCCGACGCCCCGCGCCUCUGGCCUGAGCCCAAGGGGGAGCCCCACCCCGUGAGCAGAGCCCAGAGCUGGGGCCCCUCGCCCAGCCCGUCUUUCUGCGGCCCCCUGGACGAGCCCGUCAAGCCCCAGCCUGCCUACAAGCCGCCCUCAGACCACGUCCCCGCCCUGGAGCCCUCAGAGGCCCAGGAAGCCAGCCCCUGCCCCUCGCCCAGCCCCUCCCGCCCACCCACCGGCUCCGGGGCCCCCGGGCUCGCGAAAGCCCGGUCCCUGAGCGUCCAGCACAUGUCCAGCCCCAGCAAAGCAGCGGAGGGCGGCGUCCGGUGCAGGUCUCAGAGCAUCCAGUACUGUGUUCCCCGAGACCAGGCUGCCUCUCAGGCCGAUGGCCAGAUGGACAGCUCCCCCACCUCCCUGAAGGUCCCCCCAGCGGAGCUCCCACCCCCAGACCAGGCCUCUCCGUGUAAAUGCAAAUGCAAGAAGGAGCCGUCCAGAGGGUCCUCCAACACUGUCCUGAGAGCCCGCAGCACCAAGACCCCACCCCAGCACCUGCCCCUGUCGCCGGCCCUGACGCGGGCAGUUGAGGGUGUCCAGUACAUCGCAGACCACCUGAAGGCAGAAGACACAGACUUCUCGGUGAAGGAAGACUGGAAGUACGUCGCCAUGGUCAUCGACCGCAUCUUCCUCUGGGUGUUUGUCAUCGUCUGCCUGCUGGGCACCGUGGGUCUCUUCCUGCCGCCCUGGCUGGCCGGCAUGAUCUAGUGGCCGGGCUGGCAGGGCCCUGGCACCGCAGGACACCGGCAGCGUCGUGGGCCUGCGUCUGUUCUCCAGGGUCAUGCCGUUUGCCAGACUGUCCCCGCCCUGUUCUGUCUACUAUAAGAGGGACUUGGGCGGCCAGGGCGUCAGCCCCCUGGGACCUGCCCCAGGGCGUCCAGUGGCGGCAAAGGGGCUGGGCUGGUAACGGCGUGUUCUUACCUGCAGGACGGUGCCACUGCCUGAGUCUUAAUAAAGUUUAUUGGGAGCAUG